AAAGUUAGAGACUAGAUACUCUGAAACAGUCUAUGCUCUGAAAUCAUGGCAUCAAACCGUAAUUUGAAAAGACAUUUGAAUUGCGACGGGACUCAACCAGAGACGCCCAGAACAACAAAAUACAGAAGACUUCAUCAAAAAAAGAAACCACUGAAAUUAAUAUACAAGAGAUUUCUUUGUACAUCUCCAGUUCCCAACUCUUUGGACAGAGGAACAGUUUGUGAAAAGAUACAACUUACACAUGUUGAUGCAGAUAAUUGUAAAGUGCAAAGAAGCCUGCAAGACAGUAAAAAUCAGAAAGGAGACACAGAAGAAAGGAGGCAAGAUGUGAUAUCUGAAACGGUGAUAAGGUUUAAGAAGACAGAACGUGAAAGCAAAGAUGAUAAUAAACAGCUAGAUGAUGAUCUUGUAUACCCUGGUGCUCCUCUCACGAAGGGACAGAGUCUGCUUUUACUCAUGUCAUAUGUACUGAGGCACAAUUUGACAGGUGUAGCACUUCAGGAUCUUCUUACAUUGUUUAAUGCACAUUUCCCUGGCUUGGUGCCAGCAACCACAUACCUUUUUCAUAAAGCCUAUGGACAGUUUGGCCAGUAUAAGCCCCAUUUCUAUUGUAUCAACUGUGAAACCUACAUUGGACCCAGUGAGACAGCACCACAAAACUGUUCUUCUUGUAAUACUGAAUUUGACAUUGAGAACAGCCUAAAACUUGGGUCGUACUUUCUUGUACUUAGCCUAUCAGCCCAAAUAGUGGACAUUUUGGAAAAACCUGAUAUACAUUUGAAUACAAAGGAAUCAACUCCUGGCAUUCUUUCUGAUAUUCAGUGUGGGGCAGAAUAUCAAAAAUUCAAGCAAACUGGACAAAUGGGGGAUGAUGACAUUUCAAUUUUGUGGAACUGUGAUGGAAUUCCAGUUUUCAAAAGUAAUAAUGUUCAGAUAUGGCCAAUCCAGUGUCAAAUUGUAGAACUGUCACCAAGAGUCCGGCAAGGUAAUAUAUGCAUUCCAUGCUUAUGGCUUGGUAACAGCAAGCCAAAUAUGGCUACAUUUUUAACUGCUUUUGUUGCACAGCUUAAAGAACUGGAACAGGUUGGUAUUAAAUGGAGGGACUCUGAAAACACAGAGCACACAAGCAAAAUUCAUUCGCUACUCUGCUCCUCAGAUUCAAUUGCCCGCCCCCUCCUGAGAAAUACGAAACAAUUUAAUGGAAAAUAUGGAUGUGACUUCUGCCUUCACUCUGGUGGUGGCCCAUAUGUAUGGGAAACACCAGAACCACCAUUAAGGACAGAGACUGACCAUUUCAGGCACGCAAUGCUGGCAACACCUGAGAGACCAAUAAUGGGUGUGAAAGGCCCAUCCCCUCUGAUGGAACUUGAGAGCUUUAAAAUGAUCACUGGAUUUGUUCCGGACUACCAGCACUGUGUUUGCCUUGGUGUAACGAAACAGUUAACAUCUCUGUGGUUGGAUAGUAAGCACCAUAAGGAAGAAUGGUACUUGGGCUCUAAGGUCAGUGACAUAGACCAGGGACUAAUGUUAAUUAGCCCACCUGUGGAGGUCACAAGGGCACCCAGAUCAGUUAAGGACCGAAAAUUCUGGAAGGCGUCUGAAUGGAGGUCAUUUUUGCUCUUUUAUGCUUUGACUGUUUUGAGUGGAAUUUUAAAAAAGAAGUACUGGAGUCAUCUUUUUUUGUUAGUUUUUGCAAUUCACACUCUUCUGCAGGAUGCAGUGAAAAUGACCCACGUGGAUAUGGCAGAGCAAGCUCUUCGAAAGUUCGUACAUAAUUUUGAGAAACUGUAUGGUGCUGGUAAUGUCUCUUUCAAUGUACAUUUGUUAAUGCACUUGGCAUCAAGCGUACGCAACUGGGGACCAUUGUGGGCAACAUCCACAUUUCCAUUUGAAUCAUUCAAUGGGACUUUGCUAAAAUUUUUUAAUGGAACAACACAUGUGUCUGCUCAAAUAGUGAAAAGAUUCCUUAGGUGGAGGGGUCUUUCAACAAAAGCAGAGACUAUAAUGGAAAAUGCAAAUGACAACAUAAAAAAAAUAUUUGGCAAACUCCAGGGUAGGUCUGGCGUAACAAAAACGUCAAAAGAGUUUCCAGAUAAUGUCAGAGGUUUUGGCUGCCCAAAGAAAGGCAGCACAUCUGUGCUGCAGAGGAGGGCCAUUGAACAUUUCACAGGAGACACUGUUCAUUUAGUUUCUCAUCUGUCUCCUCAUCUUCAUUUCUUUCCAUUUGAUGAUGGCUCUGUUGAAGUCAAACUGCUCAAGGGAAGGUCCAAGCUCUGA